AUGCCAGGCCCCGUCUACAAGCUGCCCGUCGCCGACAGGCCAAAGUUGACAUGGACGCGCACAGUAAUAGCCUUUGCCUGUUCAAUCGCCUGGUUCGUCGGCAUCGUCUGUGUGAACGGCAGCCAGUUCGUGCUCCUGCCCCUGCGCCUCCUGCCCUUUGCGUCCGCACGGCGCUUGUAUGACGCUGGCAUACGUGAAUCCAAGGGUGCAUUCGGUACUCUACUCCUGAUCAUGUGCCAGUGGUUCGCGCCCACCAAGAUGCACGUCACAUUCGAGCGCGAGGGCCCGGGCGCCUUUACCGACGAGGAGCUCGACGGCAUGCUCAUUCUGGAUGCUCGGGGCAAGAUCUCAGGGCUCAAUCUCCCCAAACGCGCGGUCCUCAUCUCCAAUCACCAAGUCUAUCCGGACUGGUGGUAUGCCUGGUGCUUGACGUACUUUAUGGGCACACACAAAGACGUGCUCAUCGUCCUCAAGAAGUCCCUCAAAUACCUCCCCAUCCUCGGCUGGGGCAUGCAGUUCUUCCAAUUCAUAUUCCUCGCGCGCUCCUGGGCCUCGGACCGCGUAGCCCUCGUUCAAGGCCUCGCGCGCGUUGCGUCUCAAGCCAAGAACACCUCUUCACCUCUCACAUUCAUCCUAUAUCCCGAAGGCACUCUGGUCUCCCGCGACACAAGACCGAUAAGCAAGAAAUACGCGGAUAAACUAGGCAUCCCUGAUACGACGCAUCUAUUAUUGCCGAGGAGCACGGGGCUCUUGUAUAGCUUGCGCGCGCUAGCGCCGAGGGUACCCGGGUUGCAGUUGAUUGACAUCACGAUGGCAUAUCCCGGCAUACCCUAUGCGGGAUGGGGCCAGGAUUUCUACACGCUACGCAGCGUGUUCGUUUCGGGCGUCCCCCCUCCCACUAUACAUCUGCACGUCCGCAAGUUUGACGUUCGCUCCGAAGUACCCAUCGGAUUUGUAAAAUACGAUUCCAACCCACCUGUAUCAAUUAACGCGAAGGACGGCGAAGCCAAGGAUGCGAGCGGAAGGCCCGAUGGCGAGGCGGAGGUCCCGGCUGGGGAGGCUACGGCGUUCGAUCUGUGGCUGAGGGAGGUGUGGCGGCAAAAGGACAAACUGUUGGAGAGGUAUCAUGUUACGGGGACGUUCGCGCCGGAGCCCGAUGCCAAAGCGGGGGAUAUCAAGGCUGGUGGCGCGGUGGACGUGCCACUGGAGACGAGGUAUUCGUGGGAAGUGUUGUACGCCUAUUGCUUCUUUGUACCGGCUGUUAUUGGGUGGGCUUGGGCGAGGGUAAGGGGUUUUGUUGCGUAG